CGAUAUCAUAUCUUUUAUAUCGAUAGUUUGAUAUUGAAUCAACAACCCUAACACCUUUAGCGUCACUUCGAAGGCGCAUUUUUUCUAGCAUUAUAUUAUUUUUAAGACACAAAAGUGGACACUUUGCAGACGCUAUUGAGCGGUGGAGAUUUGUUUUUUUUAUUAGUACAUUGUGGUGAGUGUUGAGGAUUUUUUGGCGGUAAAGAAUAAAUUUGCAAACUACAAGAAUUUUUGCAUGUGCCUGUCAAACUAUUAACAUAAUGGGCAAGAAGACCGAGAACAACGAGAAUGCCGCCACUCAGUCCGACGGAGAGGAGGAGGAGGAGUACGCCGUGGAGAAGAUCCUAGACCGACGUGUUAGGAAGGGGAAGGUUGAGUACUUUCUGAAAUGGAAGGGAUAUGCAGACACCGAAAAUACCUGGGAGCCAGAAAGCAAUCUGGAUUGCCAAGACCUCAUCCAGCUGUACGAGCUGAGCCGCAAAGAUGAGGAUAAGGAUAAGACUGACAAGUCCACCAAAAAAGACCGACCGACUAGCAGUGCCAAGACUAAGGAACCCACCGGACGUUCCAGUACCACAACGGUGACCACCAACAAACGGAAGUCAGAGGAACCAUCUUCUACCACCAGCAAAUCAAAGCGCGCAACAGACGUGGACCCAGACAGCAGUGAUUCCCUGGUCGCUCCUGGCGCCACUGGCUUCGAUCGUGGCCUGGAGGCUGAAAAGAUACUUGGGGCCUCUGAUAACAACGGUCGCCUCACAUUCCUCAUACAAUUCAAGGGCGUGGACCAGGCCGAGAUGGUGCCGUCAACUGUGGCCAACGUCAAAAUCCCCCAGAUGGUGAUCCACUUCUACGAAGAACGUCUGUCAUGGUACUCCGACAACGAGGAUUAAUUUCCGACAUCGCAACAUGCAACCUCAUCUGAAGUUUAUAAUUUAAAAAUAUAUAAAAAAAAACACAAAAUCAUGUAUCACCCAACAGAAGUUUAGGGCUUUAAAGCAAUCAUCUCCUAAAGCGUCUCCAAUCCAUGAAGCAAAAGGCACAUUCUAUUGUCUCCCCAUUCAUGUUUGUAUUUAUGAUUUAAAUUUUCAAUGAAUAAACACAAAUUAUGUUCAAA